AUGCUUUCAGGGAUCCUGAUUUUUAACCAGAAGGGCGAGAACCUCAUCUUUCGCGCUUUCCGAAGUGACUGCCGCCCGCGUCUCGCCGAUAUCUUUCGCAUUCAGGUCAUCUCCAAUCCCCAAGUCCGCUCCCCGAUCCUGACCCUGGGCUCGACCACCUUCAGCCAUGUUAAGCAUGAGAAUAUCUACAUCGUCGCCGUGACGAAGAGCAAUGCCAAUGCUGCCUUGGUCUUUGAGUUCCUCUACCGGCUGAUACUGCUGGGAAAGAGCUACUUUACCAAGUUUGACGAGGAGGCCGUCAAGAACAACUUUGUGCUGAUUUAUGAGUUGCUUGAUGAAAUCCUCGACUUUGGAUACCCUCAAAACACCGAGACCGAUACGUUGAAAAUGUACAUCACAACCGAAGGUGUCAAGUCCGCCAUUGCGAACUCCCCUACAGACUCAAGCCGAAUUACCAUGCAAGCGACCGGUGCGCAGUCAUGGCGUCGCUCGGAUAUCAAAUACCGCAAGAACGAAGCCUUCGUGGACGUAAUCGAAGACGUCAACCUCCUGAUGUCAGCGACCGGCACAGUCCUACGCGCGGAUGUGAAUGGCCAGAUCGUCAUGCGAGCAUAUCUAUCCGGUACCCCAGAAUGCAAGUUCGGACUAAACGACCGACUACUCCUCGACACAAGCGAUACCUCCGGCGCCAUGAAGAGCCGUGGUGGUGGCGGGACCUCAGGCGCGGGGAAGACGACUCGAGCGGCAGCGGGCUCUGUCACGUUGGAGGACUGCCAAUUCCAUCAAUGUGUUAAGCUGGGUCGAUUCGAUGCUGACCGGAUUAUCUCGUUCGUGCCGCCGGACGGCGAGUUCGAGCUAAUGCGGUACCGCGCUACGGAGAAUGUGAACCUUCCCUUUAAGGUUCAUCCUAUUGUGCGGGAGAUUGGAACAACGAAGGUUGAGUAUAGCGUUGCGAUUAAAGCGAAUUACAGUGCGAAGCUCUUCGCUACGAACGUUGUUAUUCGAAUCCCGACUCCUCUUAAUACCGCCAAGACUACUGAGCGUACUAGCCAGGGACGCGCGAAGUAUGAGCCCGAGCAGAAUAAUAUCGUCUGGAAGAUUCCUCGCUUCUCGGGCCAGGCGGAGUUUGUGCUUAAUGCUGAGGCUACGCUUACUUCGAUGACACACCAGAAGGCUUGGAGUCGUCCGCCGCUUAGUCUGUCGUUCAGCUUGCUUAUGUUUACUUCGUCCGGUCUGCUGGUUCGGUAUCUCAAGGUCUUUGAGAAGGGCAAUUACAGCUCUGUCAAGUGGGUGCGGUAUAUGACACGCGCUGGAAGCUAUGAGAUUCGGUAG